GCAUUCCGCAGUCCGGCAGUGCGCCCCGGCGCGAGGAAAGCCACAAACCUCCCCGUCCCGCUUGCCGUUCCGCGGUCCGUCUCGUCUCGCCUCGUCUUCGUCUCGCGCACACGUUCCCUUCCCGGCGUCUGCUCGCCCGCACCAACGGCUGCCGCAGGACCGGCGUUCGGUGCGCCUGCACCAGUCUGCCGUUGUUGCAUCUUGUCUCUAGUUAGACCCGACGAGCCUGAAUAGAUCCGCGGUGCGGCCUACCUAGACAUUCCACGCCCGAGGUCGAGCACGGAGGAGGAGAAAAGAGAUAAGCUGGAAAUUAUACCGAACCCAAUCAUGAGAAGGCGCAGGCCGAGUCCUGCACUCGUAAACGCGCAAUGAAGGGCGACGCGGGCCUGGUGGGCUGCCUGGUGGACAGGCUCACUACGAGACUCCCCCACCGCACCGGCACGCCGACCCAGGACCUCUCCCAGGACGACAUCGUCUCCAUCACGCGCGCCACUCUCGUCAAGAUCAGCGCAUCCUCCAUCGGCCUCAUCCUCGACGCUCUCCUGUCGCUUCUCGAGGACCUCAUACGCCCCUACAAAUCCGUGCUCUCGCACCCGCCACACGUGCUGCUCUCGGAGCUCUACGUCCUCGAGCUCAUCGCCGACUGCUGCGCCAGCAAUUGGCACCGCCCGAAGGGUCCCGGCGAUGGGGCGGCUUCCUCUCCCGCGCCCGACCCGCCGUUGUCCUCCUCACGGCGAGCCGCCUUCUACCCGCCCGAAGCGCUCAGCGAGGUGCAGCUCGCCCGCAUAUUCGAGGUCGUCAAGGUGCUGUUUGAGCCCAUUCCAGAUGGAUACAUGCUGCCCGCCAAGACCAUACUCGACGACGCGUCCGCGAGACAUGCGACGACCUCUUCCCCGGAGGAGCCGUCGCGGACCCCGGUCUCCUCGUCGUCCAGCGAGCCCCCCGAGACUCGGAGCCUCCUCCAAGCCCACGCGGCCGCCAUCGAGGCACACGUCAAGCUCAUCGUCGAGUUCGUGACCGCGUCUACCUGGCCGGCUGCCUUCGACUACUUCCGCAAUGUCAUGUACUCGGCCCGCACCACCGUGUCCGCCCAGGGCGCGCCGAACGCGGCCGCGGCCGCCAUCGCCGCCGAGGAGGAACGCGCGGCGCUCGUCAUGAUGCGCACCGUCUCCUUCUUCUGGGUCGACAGCCAAAAGUUGAGCCUCGUGAUCCAGGAGUUCUGCUCUAGCUUCCUGCACUUCCGCAAGACUUUCCAGAACACCAUAGCCAUCGUCGUGCCCCAGCUCAUCACCUCCUGGAUCGACCGCCAUCCGACCGAGUUCGUUCAGCUGCAUUCGGUGCACAGUCCCAAGCGCCGCGAGAAUGCGCCCGACACGCUGUUUGACAUGACGCUCACCAUCGGCGACAAUGGCCGGCGCAAGCUGCUGUAUCCGAUGCAGAUGACGCUGUUGUUCCUGCAGCCGGACGUGUUCGAGGUGGCCAGCAACCUGCGCGACUCGAAAGCCGCCGGCAUGGCCAAGAAGGUGCAGUUCCUGGACGGGCUGCGGAAGUCGCUGCGGAACCGCAACGAGCAGGCCGCCUACUGCCUGGUGCUGCUGCUGCGCGUCGCGAGGCACUUUGACGGCGAGAGCGACUCGGCCCUGGUGAGCUACGCGAUGGACGUCCAGGACGAGGUGCGCGAUGCCGUCUUCCGGCGGUUUGCGCCCGGCGCCGAGAUCCUGGCCUACGAGCAGGACAUCAUGACGGCGGCGUUCGUGUCGCUGGCGCACCUCAACUUUGAGCACUGUCUCGAGUCGCUCGCCACGGCCUGCCUCUCUCCCUCAGCACCGCAUAGCUUCAAGACUGCCGUGAUCCAGGGGUGCGCCCAUUUCGCGCGGCUCGGCAAUAGCCGGUAUCAGCCCCUGUUCACGGCCGCGAGCGCUUUCGUCCAGGCUCAGUUGCAGACUGUGUCUGAACUCCUGGCCGAGGGAUACAUCGAGGAGCAGACUGCCCAGCGCAAGGCGGUGGAGAGCGCCCCUUCGGUUAACAUGGUGUGCAAUAUCCUCAACUUCCUCGACGCUUCGCCCAUGACGCUCUUCGAGGGCCCGCCCACGGACCGCACCGAGCGCGACCGCUUCUACGAGGAAAAUCUCGAGGCGCUCAUCUCAUGCAUCGUUGCUGCCAACGAGUCGGUCAGGCGACUGGCGACCGGCGUUGCGAAGCGCUUGUUUGCGAAGGAGCAGUUGUUGACAACGCUGAGACUGUCCAAGGGGUUGGGGUCGAAGGCGUUUAAGACGAGGUUCUGGCGACUUACCUCACUCAUCCUCAUAUCGAUCUGCGACCGGGCGAGACUGCCCUGUACCGCUGACGAGCUCAGGUCUAUCAAUGGCUAUUUGGAAUCGAGGUUGCUUCUCCUCACCUCGAUACCGGAACUCGGCCAAACUUCUGACGACAUUCCCGAGCGGACUGCUGCCUCUUCCAAGCUGGAGACAUUGUUCCUCGUGUCUCUCUGCUCAGCAGACAUGGAGGCCUGCCAGAUGGUGACAUCCUGCAUUAGCACCUUCCUCGACGAAUGCCGCCUCAUCGAUACCGCUCCCGCGACGGCCAAGUCGUCGCUCACUCUGCUCCGCAACGGCGAGAUCUUUGGUGAGAUAGCUUCGCGCGACUUCCGGUUCACCGGCAUUGUGGCGUUUCAGAAGAGAAUCAGGGCGCUCUUGAGGCGCAUGCAGUAUCCCAGCACCGGAAUCCUCGACGCGUGGGAGCUUGUCUUUGAUCGCUGGCUCCAUCUCUCCAAGGAUAUCUCUCAAACGAACGGUGACGGCAUCUUGGAGAGGACGGUGGCCGAGUGGCGCAACUAUUCGGGCUUCCUCGCCUCGCUGGGCGGUAUCUGCACGGCCGAACAGGCCGUCAAUCUGGAGGAGCCUGCGAUCAGCGGGCUCAGGUGGAUCGACCGUCUGUCGUCGGGGAUCCACGAGGAGCCGCUGCUCACGCGCUAUCUCCGGCUAAGCGUCCAGCAGCUGGCCUGCGCAAACGUCCGAGUCCGCGAGACCAUGAGAGACGUUCUGUCCACCGAGGUGCCGCCGUCGCUGUUCCAGCCCCUAUUCAAAGCGCUCGAGGCAGAGCUCGACGUGCUAUUUACGGGCGCUCUCGAGCCGAGCUUCAAGGGCCAAGACAACGACAUCAUCUUCGCCGAGCAAUCCUCGUCCCUCCUCAAGGCCCUCCUGGAGCGUCUCGACACUCCCUCCGACCUCGGCGCCGCGUCCAGCCUCCACCUCGGCGGGCUCUGCCUCAACUUCGCCAGGUUUCUAGACGGUGUGACCGACAGCCCCAGCAGCCUCCGAGUCAAGAUCAAAGUCUGCCAGCUCGUCGAGGCCGUCACCAAGCGCAAGGAACAGCUCAACCUGCGCGAUGACGUGCGCAUCCGCAACCAGCUGCUCGAGUACAUCUUCAGCUGGAUCGCCCGUCCCCGCUCCCCGCGCAGCGACGGUGCAGCGGCCCAUGCCGCCAGCGGCGCCCGCCAGGACGAGAUGGCCCGUGUCCAGCGUGACCUUGACAGGGCCUGUCUCCGCUCCCUCGCCACCCUCACGUUCCGCCUGCCGCUCCAGCCUGGUGACGGCCAGACCGACGCCGGCACGAGCGAGCUCAAGUCUCAGAUGUUCCACCAGUACUUCAAUCGCUUCCUGUCGCUGCUUAACAUGGACUCUGGUGGGUCGGACUUGGGCAGGCUGGGCGAGUCCCUCCCUCAUCACCACGGUUACCAUGGCCAUCACCAUUUCGGCACUGGCGGCAGCAUGACUUCGGCGUCCGUUGCUGCCGGGGGUGCUGGCGGCGGCUAUGGCCCAGCGUCGGAGGCGUCGACGGCGGACCUGGCCAUCACCAUCCUGUCGAACUUGCUCAGUGCCAACAUUGAUGUCGGCCUCAAGCACUCGCUGAGUAUUGGCUACCACGAGAACCCGGACAUCAGGACCGCCUUUGUCAGGGUGUUGCAUAACAUCCUGGUCCAGGGCACCGAGUUCAAUAACCUGAGCGAUGCGGCCGUGAAUGAGAAAUAUGACGAGUUGUUGGAGCUUCUGACCAGCGAUACGAGCUUGGCGGCGGCCAUGAGCGCUGUCUGUCCCAGCCAUGAGGUUGACGAGCUCACGGUUUCGUUGUUGAAUAUAUUUGAACCAAGGGGGUUGAUCUUUGUGCUGCUCGAGGCGCUGAUCAAGCAGGAGAUUGAGGAGACAGAAAACGAAUCCGAGCUGCUCCGGAGAACCUGCGUUGCGACCAAGAUGCUGUCCAUCUAUGCUAAGUGGAAGGGCGUCAACUACCUCAAAGACACGCUGCAGAACGUUGUCGAGAGGCUCAUGAUGACUUCCAAGGACCUGAGUCUGGAGCUGGAUCCCGCUAGGGUCAGCUCGCCCGAGGAGCUGCAGACCAACGCCGAGCAUCUGCAGAUCGUGACGAGGGUGUUUAUCGAGAAUAUCUGUGGCUCGGCGGCCGCCAUGCCAGCAUCGUUCCGCAAGAUUUGCAACAUCAUCUCGGAAUCGGUCGUGGAGCGGUUCCCAGAAGCAAAAUACACGGCCGUCGGCGCCUUCAUCUUCCUGCGCUUCUUCUGCCCGGCGAUCGUUGCUCCCGAGGUGGAAGGUCUGGUCUCUACACCGCCUUCGAAGGAGAUGCGCCGCGGGCUGCUGCUUAUUGCCAAGGUCAUCCAAAACCUGGCAAAUAACGUGCUGUUCGGCGCCAAGGAGCCGUAUAUGUUCCCGCUGAUUGACUUCUUGACGAACAACAUAUACAAGGUUACGACCUUCUUGCGAGAAAGUUCGGUUCCGACAACCGCGGUGGAGCAACCUGUCAAGGGCGAAUCGUUUGACUUCGGCUCCUGUGUAGCGCUUCACAGGUUCUUGUACGAGCAUUGGGACCAUGUCCGCCAACGGCUCGCAUCCAAAGAGAGGAGGGAUUUCGUUCGGUCGCCGGCCGAGUCGACAAGAAGCCGCUCGCCCGUGCUGGAGCCUCUGAGGAAUCUCAUCAUGAACCUAGGCCCGCCACCGCUGGCUGUGACGUGGAAUCGGCCUCAGAUCUCCGCAAACACCCCGCCGUUGUAUUCCAGGUUUCAGGAUUUCAUGCUCCGCAAUGCCUUCCGCAGUACCGAGUCGUUCCUCACAGCCCGAGCCGUAUACGACGGCGGCGAGAGCAAGGACGGGCUCUCCAUCAUCUGCAUUAUCCUUCGCAACAUAGACGGCGAGUCGAUCGACUACGACACCUUGUUGUACUGCUACCUCAAGCUCGCCAGCCGGCUGUGGCAUCGUCCCUUCGGCCUUCUCAUCGACGCUACCUGCUAUAAUGGGCAGAACGAGCCCAAAGACGAGUUUCUUCACAAGCUGGAGCUGCUGACGCCGACGGAACUGUCCAAACAACUGACGCGAAUCUACAUCUACAACAUGAACAGCGCCGCCAAGAAGUGCUUCAGGCGCAUUCUCCGUGUUUCCACCAAGAACGAGACCGGCGUGUUCAGUCCAGCGAACGUCGAGUACCAUCUAAUCGGGAGCCUGCAGGAGCUCCAGGCGCACUUUCACCUCACCCACCUUCAUCUUCCCAAGGAGACAAUCAGCGUAGUGACAGAUACGCGAUACGUCUUCCAGCCCAUCAUCAGGCUGUCAAAAUCCAAGGGCAAGAUCGACGUGGUGAUCAAGGUAGGCAGUCAGUAUGUCCAAGUCACCACGACCAAAAAGCAGGAGAUCCCCGGCUUCCGCCUGAGCACGACGGUCAACGAUAUCUUCCGGCUCGGCGACGUGGACGAGGCACCGACCUCGAUCCAGACCGAGGAUGACUCGGCAUUUGGUCUCAGGGCCGACAACGGCAAGAUCGUCAUGUACUUCACCAGCCCGAAGAAGCUGGACGUGCUCCAGGCUAUCCGCGCGGCGAAGGCGAAGUACGCCAAGGACACACGGGCGACCAAGUCGUUCGAGCGGCUGAUCCGGCCGCAGGACGUGCCGGGGACGCUGCUGAACCUAGCACUGACCAACCUGGCCACGCCCGACCCUGCGCUGAGGUUGUCGUCGUACAACCUGCUCAGCGCACUAUGCAAGGCGUUCAAGUUCACGGCUGCGUCGGACCUCAUGAGCGCCAAGGACAUAUCGGUGCCGCUGGACCCGUCGCAGUUCAUCAUCAAGAUCAGCAAGAGCCUGGCGCAGACGGAGCCGCAGCUGACGGCUGAUUUUCUGAACGAGUUCUUCGUCGGGUGGGACAGCUUCCUGGACGAGCAGAAGCCGCUGAGCCUGGCGUACAUGGCGCCCUGGAUCCCCGGCUUGCGGGCGUCGUUGCUGGCGGGCGAGCCCGAGAGCGACAAGGGGCGGGAGAAGAUCGCGGCGCUGUUCAGGAAGCUGAUCGACGUCGCGCUCUCGGACCCGACGUUGACCUUCGCGCUGGAGCAGUCGGUUUGGCCUGUCAUCUACCAGGACGAGGUGCUGCUGGACAUUCUCCUCGACGAGAUUGUCAAGACGGCGCUGAGUCUGGGGUUUGAAGACGACCAGACCGAGACGCUGACGUCGAUUGCCCGCGCGAUUGGCACCAUCACCCUAAGGGGCAAGAUCAUCUCGCGCCUGCGGAAAGCGCUCAACCGGUCGUCACUGCGGCCGACCAAAUAUCUGCCGGAUAAUGCUGUGUGGAACGAGAUCUGCGUGCUGCUGCAGUUUUGCCUUGCUCUGUCGUUCGAUAGCGGAGUGCAAGCGCAGCUGUAUCUGCCCGAGAUCUUCCACAUCGUCUCGAUGCUCGCCAACACCGGCAUGCCUGACGUCAGAGUCGUCGUGCACCGGCUGCUGAUCAACUCGAUCCACUCGGCGUGCACCUCGUUUGCGCUGGACGAAAACCGGCUCAACAAGCUCAGGGCUACGCUGGAGAUGCUCUCGGAUCCCAAGAACGAGAUCUUUGUGAACUCGAUCAAUUUCAUGCGCGACGGCGCGUCGAUAUCGACAAACCAGGAGGCCGCGCCCACGCUCGCUGCGACAGAGAACCUGGCCACAAUCCUUUUCGAGACGUGCUCCAUCGCGGCGCCGUCGGUGGACGUGGCCAACGCCUGGCGCUCUCGGUGGAUGAGCCUCGUCGCCAGCACAGCGUUCCAAAACAAUCCGGCCAUACAGCCGCGGGCCUUCACCGUCAUGGGCUGCCUCGCGCGCGAGGAGGUCGACGACGACCUGCUGUACCAGGUCCUGGUGGCGCUCCGCAACAGCGUGGGCCGCUUCGCCGAGGACAACAACAGCGAUAUGCUCGUCGCCAUCGUCACGUCGUUGUCCAAGAUGAUGGCUAAGCUGCCGUCGGCGUCGCGCUAUGGGCUGCAGCUUUUCUGGCUCGCCAUGUCGCUGCUCCGGCUGGUGCCGCCCAACCUGUUCAACUGCACCGCGCUCUUCCUCGAGGCCGUGCUUACCAACAUCAGCAUCACGGGCGACAUGCGCAACGGCGGCGACCGGAUGGUGCCGUACCUGCUGCAGGGGCGCAGCCAGCUCGAAGAGGCAGCGUUGCCGCUCGACGAGGCCUACGGCAUCCACUUCAACAGCGAGAACUUCCACUACGCCGCGUGCGCGUGUCUGGUGCGGGGCCUGACCGACAGCGUCACCAGGCCCACCGCGCUGAGGGUCUUGUGUACCUUCUUGGAGAUGACGACGCCGAAGAAGAGCAGCGACAGCAACGCAACCGCCGGCGCUGCGGCCGUCGCCGAGCGGGACAUCCGCGACCUCGUCACCUCCCCCUACAUGUCGCUGAUCCUGGCGCGCACGACCUCGGCCGACGAACUGCGCGAGCACCUCUGGGCGGCGGGCAUCAAUGUCAGCCCCGCAGGGCUGUUGGACCCCGGCGCCCUGCGGGCGGAGCAGGACCUGGCGCAGCUGAAGGACAAGGACCUGCUGCUGAACACGGCGAUCGAGCUGGUCGACUUCCAGUAUCUCGACGACGCGGUGCAGAACCGCAGCCUGCAGUGGCUCAACCGGAUCGCGCUGGGGCGGCCGGCCGUCGUCAUGCAUUUGUGCGCCCCCAUCAUCGCCCUCCUCGACGACAUCCUGCUGCACUGCCAGUCGCCGGCCACGCUCGAGGCCGCGCACACGCUGCUGCAGACGAUGACGGCCAACCCCAAGUUCGCCGGCGCCCUCGACAACGCCGGCGCCGGCGCCGGUGCCUCGGCCUCCUCCUCCUCCUCCGCCGCCGCGGCGCUCAAUGACCUGCUCGAGGACAUGGGCUUCGGGGGACUCUGGCGCAGCUGCUCGUUCAACCUCGCCGGCGGUCCCGGGCUGGAGCAUCAGCCGGACCGGGCGUGCUACGCGCUGACCGAGAAGUUGAUCGAGCUUAUUAUCAUUUGAGUGAAGAGCAGUGGUUCCU